CACCGUAAGACCCCAAAGGGCCAAGAUGGCUGCGCCCGUGACAGACGCCGGGGAGUUUGAAAGCUGGCUGAAUGAUCGUCUAGACUCGUUGGAAGUGGACCGUGAGGUGUACGGGGCCUACAUUUUAGGGGUCCUGCAAGAAGAGGAGAGCGCCGAGGAGAAAGAAGAUGCGCUUCAGGGGAUUUUAUCCGCCUUUCUGGAUGAGGACUCUGUGGAAGAUGUCUGCAAACAGAUCAUCAUGCAGUGGACAGAUUUCUGCAACCGUUCAGCAGCCAAAAGAAACGCUGAUGCUGAGGUCCAGGCCAUCGCCAGUAUGAUAGAAAAACAAGCUCAGAUUGUGGUGAAACACAAAGAGGUGUCCGAGGAGUCGAAGAAAAGGAAAGAAGCCCUCCUCGCUCAAUACGGCAACAUAACAGACGAUGAGGAUGAAGCUGAAGAAGAGGAGCCACCAAGUGGAAAUAACUCUGCUGGAAAUGAUAAAUCCCUGUUUAAGAACACCAACGUGGAAGAGGUGCUGUGCAGACAAAAGCAAAAGCGUGACCAGGCUCGUGAGGAUGCACAGAAGAAGAAGGAAGGGGACAAGAUGCAGCGAGAGAAGGACAAACUAGCCAAACAAGACAGGAAAGAGAAGGAGAAGAAGCGUACACAAAAAGGUGAACGCAAAAGAUAAAACCGAGAGACAAGACACUAACUUUGUAUGUGGAAAAAGAUUUUGUAACGAGACAAAAAUGAAAAACAAGUCAUUGCCUCUUUUUAGCUGAACCUCAUUGGCACCUUCUGUGUGUGAACAUGUGUUCAUCACCCUCCUUGUUCAUUUCUUUCUGCAACUCUUUAUAUGUCUAAAGAACAAUGUACUGGAGGUUGUGCAGGUCCAAAAUCAAUAUUUCUGUUUUUCUUGGCUACUGAUAGGAGCAGAUACAAAAAGACGUUGUCUCUGACAGACAGAUUUAUGUCAUUUAUCAAAAAGUAUUGGCAGUAAGUCUCUGCCAACGUUGUUUCGGCGAGUGUGAAACAUGCUUCAGUUAAGCUUUGACACGGUAACCGCUGAAAUGAAUGAAGUUUACACCUUAAACACAGUUGAUCACAGUAAAUGCUUGUAAAGCAACUUGGUCCACAGAGUUUCUGCUAUUAUCCUGUGUGCCACUAUCGUUCAAAUGCCUUUUUAUUUCUGCACAACCUCCAAGUAAAGUCCAGUGUUCACGUCAAACCUUUGCUGUCAUUUCAAUACUUGAGGUUUUAGUUUUUACAGUCUAUGCAUUUUGUCUGAGAAUGAGAACAAAGGAGUGGUUGCUAAAUUAUACCUCAAAUAUAUCAUGUACCAUAAUUUGAAUGUUUAUAAUGAGGUUCAUCAUCUUUAUAAAUUAAUAAAAAAAAAACAUUUUCAGCUG